AUGCGGGUGGCCAGCCUGCCCCUGGUGAGCUCGGCCUACGACAUGGUCUCCACGGCCUACGCCUCCACCAAGGAGAGCCACCCCUACGUCAAAUCCGUCUGCGACGCCGCCGAAAAGGGGGUGAAGACGCUGACGGCGGCGGCGGUCAGCGGGGCCCAGCCCAUCCUCACCAAGCUGGAGCCGCAGAUUUCCACCGCCAACGAAUACGCCUGCAAAGGGCUGGAUAAGCUGGAGGAGAAGCUGCCCAUCCUGCAGCAGCCCCCGGAGAAGGUGGAGGCGCGGACGCUGGCCAUGCUGCGCGGGCUCCUGCGCCAGCUCCACGCCGCCUGCACCCGCCUGGCUGCCGCCGCCCGGAUUUUCCCCAGCAGCGUGCAGGAGACGGCGGGACACAUCCGGCACGGCGUGGAGGGCGUGCAGGCUUCCCUCUCCCACGCCCGCUCCUUCCACGACCUGUCGGGUUUGGUGCUGGCGCAGAGCCGGGAGACGGUGACGCGGGCGCAGUUGAGCAUCGACGAGCUGCUGGAGUUUGAGACAAUCGUUUGCCAUUUCUGCCUCUCCUCCCAGGUGGAGCAGCUCAAGCAGGGCAUGGACCAGAAGCUGCAGGGAGGGCAGGAGAAGCUGCAGCAGAUGUGGCUGGAGUGGAGCAAGAAGCAGCCUGGCGGUGGUAAGGACAUGGUGCCACCGGAGCCGGUGGAGUCGGGCGCGCUGGCCCUGCUGCAGGGCUUGACACAGCAGCUCCAGAGCUCCUGCCAGCCCUUGGUGUCCAGCCUCCAGGGCCUCCCUGCCAGCAUCCAGGACAAGGCUGGGCAGGUCCGGCACAACGUGGAGGAGCUACGGGCAGCCCUCACCUCCGCCACCUCCCUCCAGGACGUGACAGGCAGCGUGCUGGCCCAAGCCCGGGCCCGUGUCGCCAAAGCUCGCCAGCUGAUGGAUGAGCUGGUGGAGCACGUGGCCCACAACACCCCCCUGACCUGGCUGGUGGGACCCUUUGCCCCCUCGGGCCAGCACCUGGUGGACCUGGAGACUAAGUAGCAUCCUCUGGGGUGGGGUGAUGUUAGUCUCCCCCUCCCCAAGCCUUACUAGGAGCAUCUACUAACCCCUGCCUGGCCUACCUUGCCUGUAACCUUAGUGCCUGCCUGUGCAGGGGCCUCCUGCCUGCCCCAUGUGCAGCUCUGUCCCUUGUCACCUGUGCCAGGGAUGGGCAGUUAUGUGCCUUGGUUCCCCCAAGUGCCUACCGGGGUCACCUCCAGCCCCCGGCUUGAUCCCCUGUGCCCCCUCAUCCUCGGUGCCUUCAAGCCCCUGGUCUUGUAGCGGCAGGGACGGUGCAUGAAGCAAUAAACUCUGGUUAGUUUUGCA